GAGGGCCUCCGCAGCGUGCACGUGCGCCACGUGGCCUGCAGCGGGCACUACUCCUGCGCCAGCCGCCGGGGGGGGGGCGAGGUGUACACCUGGGGCUGCGGGAAGGACGGGCAGCUCGGGCACGGGGACACGAAGGACGACGCAUAUAUGCCGAAGGCAGUCCGGACACUCCAGUCAAAGCUGAUCCGCAACGUGUCCUGCGCGGAGCACCACGUGGCCGCCGUCUCCGAGAGCGGCGUGCUCUUCACGUGGGGCAAGGGCCAGAACGGUCGCCUCGGUCACGGGGGCGCCGACAACGAGCUGCUGCCGAAGGCCGUGGAGGCCCUGGUCGGCCACCACGUCGUCCAGGUCUCCUGCGGCGACUUCCACACCGCCUGUGUGAUCCUGAACCCGCCGCACGUCUACACCUGGGGUCUGGGGCUGUCCGGGCGGCUGGGCCACGGCAACGAGGCCGACUGCCACCUCCCAACCCCUGUCGAGGCGCUGGCGAGCGUGCAGGUCGGGUUCGUGGCGUGCGGGGGCCACCACAGCGCCGUGAUCGUAGAGCCCACCGGCCAGCUGAUGACCUGGGGCGGCGGCGCGUUCGGGAAGCUCGGGCACGGCAACAGGCUGGCACAGACCACCCCGAAAAUGGUUGCCGCUGUCCAGAACAAGAAGUUGGUGCAGGUCUCCCUGGGGCCUCACCACGCCGCUGCCCUGACACAGAAGGGCGAGGUGUACACCUGGGGUCAGGCUGGCCGUCUCGGACACGCGUCGCAGGGCGCAGAGGUGGACGAGAUGGUCCCGCGUCAGGUGAUGGCCCUCAGCCAGGUAUUCGUCCUGCAGGUGUCCUGCGGCCACAGCCACUGCGCCGUCGUCACCGAGACGGGGGACGUCUGGGCAUGGGGCUCCUCGCGGGCGUUCGGCCACACCGAGCCCAGCGCCGUGGUCGGUGCGCGCCGUGCCGAGCCCGACAUGUCAGCCGCCUGCGCCGUCACCGGCGCUGCCCUGCGGCGACGGCAGCGGGUUGCUGCUGCCGCCCGCGGGCCGCCGGGGCUGGCCGCCGCCGCCGCCGCUGCGCCUGCGGCGGCGGCUGGGUUGCCACUGGCGGCGGCCGCGGCGGCUGGCGUCGCGGCUGGCGUCGCGGCUGCCGCGGCCUCCAUGCCCGGUGGCAGUGCCGCCCCUGCCGUCCUCGCCGCGGCUGCUGCCACUGCCGCCGCUGCUGCCGCCGCCGGCUCGUCGCCGGCGGCGGCGGCGGCGGACGGCACGGCGGCCGGCCUUGCGGUGUCCGGCAGCACUGGCUCAGCUGGGGGCAGCUGGGGGCCGUACACUGGAUCCCCGCUGCGCGUCAUCGAGACCAUCGACCCCGCGGCGGACAUUGCGAACGACCGCCUUGCCAGGUUCCCUGGUCGACACAACGCGGUACCUCGGCUGGUCGCCACUGCGUACGCUGUCAUGAGUGGCGAAACCGACCACGGGCACGGCGCCGUGCCCAACGUACCCACCAUGAUCAAGGUACUGAGCGGCAAGGCCAUCGUGCAGGUCGCUUGCGGUGUGACCCACAGCAUAGCCCUCUCGGACUACAGGCGGCUCACCGGCAAGGCUGCCCUAGCGGCGGUGCGGUCCAUGGGCGCCGCCAAUGCGGCGAAGGAGAGGGUCCCGGCGCCGGGCGCCAAGCUGGACCGUCUGGAGGAGGCGGGGCCGGACGCGAAGAAGCCGGAGCGGUUCUUGGACGGCUCCGGCGAGGGCGCGCUCGGGCUCCUGUCGGGGGACGAGCGCUCCCAGGGGCGCGCGGUCGGCGCGAUGCUGUCCGAGCGGCUGGACUCGUCGGAGGGUGGCCAGGAGAAGGCCCAGGACGGGCGCAAGGGCCUCCCCGUUCCGGCAAUGGAGCGCGAGGUCGCGUUCCUGAGCGCCGAGCUCAAGGCCUACCAGGAGCAGACGCUGAGACUGGCGAAGCUGCUCCAGGAGGCUAAGACGAAACUCGAGACGCUCCAGAACGAGAACUCGUUCCUCAAGAGCGAGCUGGAGGUGAUGCACCAGUGCUCCAACGACGCCGACGAGCGUCUGGACACGCUCAGGCGGCACUUCAACGAACGUAUCCGCGAGAUGGAGCGCAGGUAUGCCGAGAAGGAGCGCGUUUGGAAGGAGACCUUCGGCCGCCUGCGCUCUCACCUCGAACUGGGUGCCAUGGACGUGGACGCCCCCAUGCUUGGGCUCGGGCCCGACUUCCAGAUGGGCCGCCGCUCAGGGGCCCCCGGCCCGGGCGGCCGCAGCGACGGCGGUGGCCCCGCCCUGGACGCGGCCGCGCUGGCGGACGGCGGCCUACCGCCGCUCGAGGAGCCCGCCGGUCUCGCUGGCGGCUCCGAGCAGCCCCCCGGGCCAGACGCCGCGGGCGCCCGGCCGGACCAGCAGCAGCGCGGGCGCUCCGCGGGGCGCGUCUCGCUGUGGCCGGGCGGGGGUCGCGGCCCGCGCGCGCAGGCGUCGCUGCCGGGCCAGCCGCGCAGGGCCGGCGGCCCUGGCGCGCGGGCCACCGCGCUGCCGGGCUACGGCGCGGUGGCGACCGCGGCGGUCGAGCCGUCUGAGGGCAGCAUCCAGCCGGGCGGUUUCGUGGAGCUCCGCGUGUCGCUGCGGGUGUUGAAGGAGGUAGAUCUGAGCGCUCAUUUCGUGGUUGAGCUGCCCGUGGCGCUUAACGACAAGGAGCCCGCCGCCGCUCCGCCGCUGCGGGUGGCGGUCGUUGGGGCCGUCCGCUCGCCUCAGGUAGAGCUGCGCCGCACCAGCAUGCUCGACUACGGCGUCGUUCGCGCACACGCGAGGCAAAGUAGGCAGCUGAAGCUGAGCAACCCCAGCGAGCUGCCCGUGCUGCUCCGGCUGCGCCACCUGCGCGGCGAGGCCCCAGCCGUUCUCGCGGCUGCCCCCGGGGCAGCCUCCAGCUCGGCGCCGCCCUCGAAGCUGGAGCCCGCUGCGGAGGCACACUUCCCCCUGCACACGCACCAGGAGGUGGUAGACUUCUUCGCGCAGGCCAUGUCUCAGGGUUGCGGCGGCGACGCCUUCAAGGCGAUGCCUGGCGAGCCCAGAGAGGUCCCGGCGCCGGCGUGGGUGCACAGUCGUGACGGCUGCAUGGACAAGAGCGGCCGCAGGAUGUUUUCUGAAGGACGCGCCUUCCGUGGCCGGAAGACCUGCUUCCAGGGUGAGACGAGCAACGGCGAGGUGGACCGCGAGGCGCGCGUUGAGGACUCCGAAGACUUCGUUUUCACGCCCUCCUGCAUGGUCCUGUGGCCCCACGAGAGCGCGGAGGUGGACGUGCUGCUGAGGACUUCGGCGGAGGGCAAGUACCGGGCCCUGCUGGAGGCAGUGGGAUUCGAUAGCCUGCAGGCGCAGUGCGUGGAGGUGUGGGCGGAGGUCCAGCUGCCCAGCGUCCGCGUCUCCACGCAGCACGUACAUUUUCCGAAGUCGUACUUGAACGUGGCAACGUCUGCCUACCAACUGGAGCUGACAAACAUGUCCGACCUGCCAGCGAACUUUCGCUGGGAGGUGCCGAUGACAUUCGGCUCCGGGCUGGAGGUGCAGAUCGGGCCGACCCAGGGCACCGUGCCGCCCAGGAGCACGUUCGGGGUGGCGCUGGUGGCCACGCCCACACGGAAGGGCCCUGGCGCGGAGGUGCAGUGCAAGCUGUACGUGCAGGACGUUCUCCAGGCCCUCGUGCUGCGGGUAACGGCGAACGUGUACGGCUGCCAGGUAGACUACGCCGUCGCGCCCUUGGGCGCGGCCAUGCCGCAAAUCUGCCACCAGCCGCGGGAGCUUGACACCACGCCGUCUGGCACCUCCCCGGUGCUCGCAGGGCCUGCACAGCCCGGCAUGCCGAUGGUGGAUUUCGGUACAAUGGAGCUGUUGAAGUCGAGGUCAUUGCAGUUGACGCUGUACAACAGGACCGCCAUCGCGACGCCGUUCUCGCUGAAGGUUGCCAAGUUCAAGGCUUACGACCCGCUCGAGAAGGGCAAGUGCAUAGGCGACCUGCUGGACGCGGCCACGCGGCUCCACGCCCUCGGCGCUGCCACGGACGCUGAAGGCGGCGGCGCCGAGGAGAAGCUCACAUUCUCCACGUUGCCGGAGCCGGCCGCGCAGGGCAGGAAGGAGUCGACCUUGCAGCCGACGCAGCGCAUGAAGUUCGAUCCGAAGUCGCGCCGCGCGUUGGGCAAGUCCGGCACGCUGCGGAGGAAGCAGCAGAAGUGGUUGCUCGACGACAAGCACGAGAAGCAAACGUUCCGCAGUAGCGUCGGAGAGGCGUUUGCGAACCAGAAGGAGCAGCGAGAAGCGGGCGUGGUCGCACUCAAGUUGGGCCGCGGAUGGGCGGUGAAGGUCGACCCUGCCACGGACUGGCUGCAGCCCUUCGGCUCGACGGUCGUGACUCUCACGUGCUACAGUGACCUGCCUGGCGAGAUGGAGGACGAGCUGAUCGUGAAGAUCCAGCAGAUGGAGGAACAUUCCAGCGGCUCGAAUCACUUUCGCGUACCCAUCAGGCUGAAGUCCUUCGGGAACCCGCUCUACCUCCCUCUGCAGCAGGUUGGCGUCAACUACGAUCCCCCAGGAGAACUUGACCCCCCGCAGCUGUUGUGCGGGGUCAUGACGCCCAUCGACCGGAUAGUCACCCGCAGCUUCAAGGUGGGCAACCACUCUUCGGUGAAGAUGCGCAUCGGCUGGAACGUCCUUCCGAAGAAGCAGGUGGAGACCAUCAGCAGUGACCGGCAGCUCGUGAGGAUCGCCUUGUGCAAGAAGGCCAAUUGUCCCGAGGACCCCUUCGCCGCUCGGGAGGCCGACGACGCCUCGGCCACGGAGGAGGAUGCCGCCGCGGACGCUGCGGCUGCCCUCGUGCCCCCGCCGUUCGAGUUCGACAUGUGGGCGCAGGACCCGCCAGAGGUCCAAGACCCCUUCGCGGGCGGCAUGGGCACCGAACUGCCUGUGCGGGUGGAGCCGGCCGAGGCCGUCGUUCCUGCGUACGGCACGGCCACUUUCACCGUGACCAUGACGGCGACCAAGCCCACCGCCACGGCCGCGAACCACUAUAGAUACCACCUUUUGGGUAAAGGCCGCUUCACGGCGGACCGGGAGACCGUCCUCGCCGCCACCGAGGAGGCAAACUCCCCGCGGGGGUCGCCCCGGCUGCUCACAGCCGGUGGGCCGGGCGUGGAGGCCGGCGGCGUGGAGCGGACCAUGCGGGGGCGCGGCCCAGCGGCGCUGCCGCCCGCGGCGGCCAGCGAGGUGCUGGACCUGCCGUCGGCGCCGCCGGUGGAGCUGGGCGACGACGACAGCUCCGACUCCGACGCGGAGCCCGCGGCCACCCGCGGCACGAGGCAGCCCGUGCAGGCCGGGCGCCGGGGCAACGGACGGAAAACCUUGUACAAGGAAGAGGCGGAGGAUUUGCGGGACGAGGACAAGGAGGAGAGGCUGAUCGCGCGGAAGGAGCUGGACGCCGAGAACGUCAAGGUGGCCAAGGCCGCCGACAAGAAGAAGGGUUUCUGGAAGCUGGGCGGGAAGCGGAAGACCUCGAAGAAGGGAGGCCUCGGCCCCCCAAGCGAGAACAUGGCGGCCUUGGGCGCCUACCUCGGCAACGUGGGUUGCUACUGCCACCACAUCGGGAGCGACGGCGACUGCGAGAAGGAGCUGCUGGGCGCCCCGCUGGGCCGCCGCGGGCGGCGAAGCUGGUUCGGCUGCGAGGAACGGCGGCAGCGCAACGCCAAGUGCCGCGCGCUGGUGGAGAAGCUCAGCGAGCUAGACGGCAUGCAGAUUCAGCAGGGCUGCGCGUUCUGGCGCCGCCCACGACAGGCGGUGCACGACGCCGCCGUGAGAGGGCCAGGCGCUGGGACGCCGCUCGGCAGGCGCAUCGUCGGGGCGCUCGCGAGCGCACGUGGCCGCGAGGUGCCCGUCGUGAUGUAUGGGUCGACGUAG